UCAUAUUUUACACACAUGGAGACCCAAAAUUUCCCCAACCUUUUUAUUUUCUUCGUUCAUCUCAAGCUGUAAUCCAACGGCUCAUAUUCCAUCACUGAAGUUCCGUACUCUUCCUAUAUAUAUAGUCUUUUUCCUCGUUACUAGUACCCUCUCUAUCUCUCUUUCACUUAUAAAUCCCAGCUCUGGAUUUUGGAUCCGUCACCGGAAAAUAAAAAUAUUUAAAAAAAAAAACAAAAUAAAAGCCAUGGCCAUGUACUCUUCUUCUUCGAGCUCGAGCAACAAUUGGGCGCUUUCACUCAAAGUAGUGCUAAUUUCAACCGGCGUUUUGUCCAUGGCGAUGGCUGUGAAGCUCUCAGUUCCGGUGGUAACGAAUUUCGUAUCUUCCGAGAUCCCUUCUCUAUGGAGCUUCGCUCUCUCAUGGCUAGAGCCUCCGUACCUUUACGUCAUCAUUAACUGCAUCAUUCUCAGCAUCGUCGCUUCCUCCAAGCUCCAGCAGAAGGUCGACAAUCCUCCGCCGCCUUCUCCGUUGCCAGAUAUGAUGGUUGUUCCGCCGGUUACGGUAGAGACAGUGAAGAUCUUAGACGGAAACCACGACGUCGUAGUCGGGAGGACGGAUUACGCGGCGUACACCGGCCUCGUUUUGACUGGAUGCGGUUACGAUCCGAAUGAGGUUGCAACGGCGGCGAAAGUUUCGGAAGCUCAGAUCACGGUAGCGGAGACAGCGUACGCGCCACCGCCGAUAAGACAAGUUUUGAAAGAGGUCAGUGCUAGUACUGAUAGGGUUGUGAUGAACGGCGGUGAAGAAACGGUUGUACCGUCGACGACAUGGAACGGUCUACAGAGAAAAGAUUCUGCUGAGCUUUGCUUUUCGAAUGAGAAUGAGAAACCGCCGAUUUCAGCUAGGUUUGGUCACAGAAAAGCUGCCAAAGGCAGUCCCGAAGGUGGUAAGUCGCUCAGAGUAUCGAAACCGCCUAAGAGGCAGGACACGCUGGAAAACACGUGGAAGACAAUAACGGAGGGCCGUCCGAUACCGCUGACAAGACAUCUGAAGAAAUCCGACACGUGGGAAUCGCACGUGCGACGGAGCAGUCAAACGAGGUCGGAGUGUUCGUCGCCGCCUCCGGCGCCGAAGAUGAAGAAAUCGGGGACAUUCAGUGACCGGAACUCGUCGACGACGCAGCUGAGUCCGGCGAGUGGUGGGUCCGGGAAACUGAGGAAGGAACCGUCGCUGAGUCAGGACGAUUUGAAUCGGCGAGUGGAAGCGUUCAUUAAGAAGUUUAACGAGGAGAUGAGGCUGCAGAGGCAGGAGUCGUUGAAUCAGUACCAAGAGAUGAUUAGUCGCGGGGCGCACUAGUGUGGGUUAGAAGAAGAGGGGAGCGUGUUCUCAAUGCUCCUCGUCAUCGAGAUGAUCAUCAAGUCGAUCCUCACUUGGAGAGACCACGUGGCGUGAUUUCAUUGGUUGGUCACACUUUUUUAUUUUUCCAUUGCGGGAAAAAAUAUAAAUAUGUUUGAUGAUUUGAAUGAAACAGGUGACAAUACAUAUUAGGUGUAGAAUGCAAAAAUGGCAUAAAUUUAAACGGUAAAGUUUUGGAAAGAUUUUAUUUUGGAUUGGUUGUGUAUUUAGCAAUUAUUUUAUUAUUUAUUUAUUACUAUUUUAGGUGACUCGAAAUUCCGAUUUUUAUUGAGGGA